AUAGGAGUUGUAUAUAUAUUCACACACAUACCAAUGAAGAUAUUACAAGCCCAAUGAAACGCCACCUAGUAUUGAAUAAAGAAAUUAAAGCGACGUCGUUGUACAAUUCACGUAGUAGACAAUUGCAUAUAAUUUGGAGUUUUUUAUCUAGCGUCAUGUAAAUGCAAUGAGAAAAUGUUCUUGAUAUUAGCGAACAGUUUAGGCCUUCUAAAGACAUUUUAAUCAUUUUGAAACUUAUUCACGUGCGAGUAAUGAAAACAUAACCUUUAAUUUUUUAAUUUCUAAAACGGGACACCUUGCUUCACGAUGUUGGAAAAAUCUUCUGGAGGAGAAAAUCAAUUAUCGAAAGAGGAUUAUUUAAUAAUGCGUGCUAAAGAAGCUUUAUCAAGUGACAUUUAUGCUGCAAAGUCGUGGUUGAUCACCGCUAAAUCUUUAUUUCCUCAUAGCGCGAAAGUUCAGUUUGAAGCAUACCGAAUUGAAAAACUAUCAAAAAAUGUCAAGGAAGCUGCAAAAUGUUUUAGCGAAAUAUUUCAGAAUUUUCCAGAUGAUCGAGAUAUUUGGAAAGAAAUAGAAAUGGUGACUACAUGUUUACGUUCCGAACAAUGUGAUCCAGAGACAGAAUUCUUAUGUCAAAUGUUUCAACAUAUCCCUCAAGACUUACAACAUCGUUUAUUAGUUAUGACAGCUGAUCAUAGUGAAGAUACAAUGGAGCAUUGUAAAUUGUUACUUCUUUUAAUACGUAAAUUUCCUCAAACUACACCAACACAUGGACCGCGUUUAGUAGAAACUCUACUCACUGCAGAAAAACAUAGUCAUCCAGGACGUGCUGUAAAUGGUUUUAGACGGUUAUUAGCUUGUGAUGCAUUACCACUUCUUGGAGCUGCCCCUGUUGAACUUAACCCUCGUCUUGGAUUAAGAUUGCUUUGUAAAGCUGUGGAAUUUUAUUUAGCAUAUAUACAACAACCACAAGAUAUACAAAUUCAGUAUCCAUGGGACAGACUUUUUCACGUAGUGGAGUUAAUUGGAAAAAAAUUAGGGUGGGAACUAAGCAAUUUAUUCUCCAUACCUUGGAAUCGGGAAACAUAUAGCGAGAAAUUACAACAGUAUGCAGCUGUGCAUGCAGCUAAUUUAUGUGAAGAAGUUGUUGUACGCCAAUUACUAAUGUGUACAAUUGUAGUAUUAUUAAGAAUACUAAAUGAACAUGCAAUGCUUAUUAAUAAUGGGGAAACUAUGUAUUGCUUAGUAGAAGCUUUUGGAGAACUAAUUUCUUCUCUUACUGAGCCAAAAUUAAAAAAACGGAAAAGAGAAGAUAACUCAGGGAUUGUUGUAACUAGUGAUGGGGACUACAGUGGCAAUGGUCUUGGUUUUGCUGUCAAACUGUGGGAUUUAUUGCAUAGUAGUGACUAUUUACAAAGGGAGAUAGAUAAACUUAAUCAACAGGCACGAUUGGAUGCAUGGUUAAAUCCAUUUUCAACAGACUUGGCUAUGUAUAAAGGCUUACAUCAUGAAGUGUUAACUAGAUUAUCUCAAGAAGGUUCCUCUUUGUGUACUCAUCUGCGGUUUGCUAGUACUUGCUUUUUUUUAAAAGAUUAUAAGGGUAUGCUGGAAUAUAUUGUUUUAGUAGCAAGCUCUUUACCUUCAGUAUGUGGGAAAGUAUCUCAUAACUUAACUGUUCCAUCUACGCGACAUUUGCAUUACUUGUCCCUCGCACGUUAUCCUGUUUUACAGUAUUGCUGCAGAUUACUUCUUUUAGCAAUAAAGGAAAAUUUUUCUAUACCUGGAACUGUAGGAGAUUUGGCUAUUGGACAUGCAUUAGUUUUAAUGCAAAUUGAUUGGCCACAAGAAGCUAGCACAUUAUCUAUAAUUACUGAAAGGAUUAUUAAUCGUGGAUCUUUUGUAUAUCCAUUAUUUCAAUCAUAUAUUAUUUGCGUAGAUAUUUUAGAGGAAUUGACGUAUUUGUGGACAGAACAUGGUGGUGGUGUAUCUCUAGAUAUUGCUACUGGCUCGGGAGUAUUGCAAAGCCGACGUAUAACAACACGCGGUGCUGAUAAGGGAGUUCGUGAAGAAGUAAAACAAGCUAUGCGACGUCAGGCAGCGCGAGAUGGUGUUGAUCCACUAGAUGAAUUAUUGCAAAAAUUUAUUGUCAAUGAGAAGAGCGCAAUUUUACAUAGCUUAAUUAUACAGUAAAUCAUUCUUUCACUUAAUUCAUUUUUGAAAUAAGUAACAUAAACACAUCUACAGUUUUUUUUUAUCAUAAGUAUCUGUAAAUAAGUGAAUGUUAGAUUUUUAUAAAUUAUUUUAUUGGGACUAUAAAUCAUGUACAGAUUUACAUAUUUUCAUAUAUAUAAUGUAUUAUUUAAUUUUUUGGCUUCUCACGUUUUCUGUCAAUUUAUAUAACAAAAUUAUUACAAAAUACAGCUCAAAUAAAAGUCCAUAUAUGUGUAUGAACGAGUAAAUCAUAUUUAUAUUUUAGAUACUUUCAUUUGUAUACAGAAAGUUAUCAUUUUUUUACAUGAUCUUAUUUUAUAGAACAAAUCCAAAAUAAUUAACAUAAAUGUAAACAUUAGUAUUAUAGUGAUCAUUCUUCUCAUUUCUUUUAAUUUGAAAUAUAAAGAUGCAAGAAGAAUAUCUCCUAUAUAAAAACAAGUUUUUACCUUCAUUAUUCAAAAUCAACUUUAAUAAUGCUUAUAUACAUUUCUUUCCAGUAAAAACCAAUUAUUAUGUAAAUAAUUUAUGUAAGAAUAAUUACAAAAUAUUAGUAUACUUUUCUUUCGACUUCUCAUCAAUAUAUUACAAUUAAAAAAAGGUUACAAGGUAGUAUCGAAAUUUAAGAUAUUAUGACAGAAGAGUGAAGAAUAUAAACUCUAUAAAUUAUGUUCAUGCUGUGAACUGUAAAUGAUGUAAUAAAGAAAUUCCGAAGAUAUAUACUUUUUUCAAUGCAGAAUAAAGUAUGUUUUUUUUUUCCACAAAAAAUGACAAAAUGUAAACAUUUGUAACGAAGAGAUAUAUAUCAAUCGUACAUCUUUUAGUAUAUCAUAUUCUAUCUAAUGUAAACUCCUAACUGAAGGGCACUUUGAAGUAAUACUUUAAUACCAGGCAUAAAAGAAGAUAUUUGACUAAAAUCUGGUCCUGAUACUAGUUGCGUAUGUAAACUUAGACUUCCAGCGUAAUUUCCGUUCUGUAUCAUCUCUGAUAUUUGAUGUAAUCCUUGAAGAGUGUUUUGUGAUAACUAAAAAAUAAUUUAAGAAAUUGUAAAUUUAAAAGCAAUUAUUUAUAUAAAAGUUCACGCAUAUGAAAAAGUAUGAUAAUUUACAUACUCUAUUUUCUCUGAGACAAUCAUACAAUGUUUCCAAUUUUUUAGAUACAUCCUCUAUUUUUCUUUUAAUUUGCUAAAAUAAAAGUAUGAAAAAUUAUAUGUAAUUUAUAUACAAUAAGCUAUAAGUGCAUUAUAUAUUAAUCUAUAGAAUGUUAAUAUAUAGUAUAAGAGAAUAUACAAUGAUAUAAUAACAAUUCAUUUACUUGAAUUAGUUAAUAUUUACCGGAUUUUUAGCAUUCUCAAAGCAUUGCAUUUUUAAUUCAUCUAAUACCGUUUUCAAAUGUAUAUGUUCUUCAGGUAUUGGUAGUUUUGGUUUUUCAGGUUCAAUAGCUUUAGCCAUUGUUAUGGGUUGUGUAAUAUCAGCAGGUU